UUGAUAUAUCCCUAAAGGAAGAGCCCAGGGCUCCAGACUUCCAUCAGGAUGGUGGGCGAUGCCCCCUACCUCAUCUCAGAUCUGGACCGGCGGGGUCAGCGGAGAUCCUUCUCAGAGAGAUAUGACCCCAGCCUGAAGACCAUGAUCCCUGUGCGACCCUAUGCAAGGCUGGCAUCUAACCCGGUGGAUGAUGCAGGGCUCCUGUCCUUUGCUACCUUCUCCUGGCUCACACCGAUCAUGAUCAAGGGGUACAAGCAUGCCCUGACAGUGGACACCCUUCCUCCGCUGUCACCCUAUGAUUCAUCCGACAUCAAUGCCAAAAGAUUACGAAUCCUUUGGGAUGAAGAAGUGGAGCGGGUGGGUCCCGAGAAGGCCUCUUUGGGCCGAGUGGUCUGGAAGUUCCAGAGGACGCGUGUGCUAAUGGACGUCGUGGCCAACAUCCUGUGCAUCAUCAUGGCGGCCAUAGGGCCGACGGUUCUCAUUCACCAAAUCCUGCAGCACACUGAGAGCAGCUCUAGCGAAAUCUGGGUUGGCAUCAGCCUGUGCCUAGCCCUUUUUGCAACCGAAUUUACCAAAGUCCUCUUUUGGGCCCUUGCCUGGGCCAUCAAUUAUCGCACAGCAAUCCGGUUGAAGGUAGCUGUCUCCACCCUGGUUUUCGAAAACCUGUUGUCCUUCAAGACACUGACACACAUCUCUGUUGGUGAGGUGCUCAAUAUACUAUCAAGUGAUAGCUAUUCCUUGUUUGAAGCUGCCUUGUUUUGUCCCCUGCCAGCCACCAUCCCUAUCCUAAUGGUCGUUUGUGCGUUGUAUGCCUUUUUCAUUUUGGGAUUCACCGCUUUCAUCGGCAUAUCCGUAUAUAUCGUAUUCAUCCCCAUCCAGAUAUUUAUGGCUAAGCUCAAUUCAGCUUUCCGAAGAUCAGCAAUUUCAGUGACAGACAAGCGCCUUCAGACAAUGAAUGAAUUUCUGACCUGCAUCAAGCUGAUUAAAAUGUAUGCCUGGGAGAAAUCUUUUACCAAUACAAUUCGAGAUAUAAGAAAGAGGGAAAGGAAAUUACUCGAAAAAGCCGGAUUUGUUCAAAGUGGAAAUUCAGCCCUGGCCCCCGUUGCGUCCACCAUAGCCAUCGUACUGACCUUCACCUGCCACAUCCUGCUGAGACGCAAGCUCACCGCCCCUGUGGCAUUUAGUGUGAUUGCCAUGUUUAACGUAAUGAAGUUCUCCAUUGCAAUCUUACCUUUCUCGGUCAAAGCAGGGGCCGAAGCCAAUGUGUCUCUGAAGAGAAUGAAGAAAAUCCUCACAGCUAAGAGCCCCCCAUCUUACAUCACCCAACCAGAAGACCCAGAUACCGUCUUGCUUUUAGCAAAUGCCACUUUGUCAUGGGAUCAAGAAGCCACCUGGAAAGGUGACUCAAAGAAAGGGCAGAACCAGAAAAUGCAGCCUGCAAAGGAGCAGAGGCCAGAGGUGUACCGUGAGCGGAGUCCCUCAGCCCAGAGAUCCUUGGGUUCAGAGGAACAUUCUGGUAGUCCCAAACCGGUCCUCCACGACAUCAGCUUUGUGGUGAGAAAGGGGAAGGUCUUAGGAAUCUGCGGGAAUGUGGGGAGUGGAAAGAGCUCCCUCAUUGCAGCCCUGCUGGGACAGAUGCAGCUGCAGAAAGGAAUCGUGGCUGUCAAUGGAACUUUGGCCUACGUCUCACAGCAGGCUUGGAUCUUCCAUGGAAAUGUGAGAGAAAAUAUACUAUUUGGAGAAAAAUAUGAUGAGCAAAGGUAUCUGCACACAGUUCGUGUCUGUGGCCUUCAGACGGAUCUGAGGAGCCUCCCUUACGGGGACCUGACCGAGAUUGGGGAGCGAGGUCUGAACCUCUCCGGGGGGCAGAGGCAGAGGAUCAGCCUGGCCCGUGCUGUCUACUCCAACCGUCAGCUCUAUCUGCUGGACGACCCCCUGUCGGCCGUGGAUGCCCACGUGGGCAAGCACGUAUUUCAGGAAUGCAUCAGGAAGACACUCAGGGGGAAGACGGUUGUCCUGGUGACCCACCAGCUGCAGUUCUUGGAGUCUUGUGAUGAAGUCAUUCUGUUGGAAGAUGGAGAGAUUUGUGAGAAGGGCACUCACAAGGAGUUAAUGGAGGAGCGGGGACGCUAUGCCAAGCUGAUCCACAACCUCCGAGGCUUGCAAUUUAAGGACCCCGAGCACAUUUACAACGCGGCCAUGGUGGAAGUCCUUAAGGAGAGCCAGUCACAGAGGAGCAGUGAGGAUGCUGCUUUGGCUCCAGGAGAUGAGAAAGAGGAAACAAAAGAAUCUGAAACAACCUUGGAAUUUGGAGAUGUCAAAGUUCCUGCACAUCAGCUAGUCCAGACCGAAUCGUCUCAGGAAGGCACGGUGACCUGGAGAACGUACCACACAUACAUUAAGGCUUCUGGAGGAUACCUCCUCUCUCUCUUCGCAGUCUCCCUCUUCCUCCUCAUGAUUGGCAGCUGCACCUUCAGUAACUGGUGGCUGGGUCUCUGGCUGGACAAGGGUUCACAGAUUACUUGCGGGCCACAGGGCAACAAGACAGUGUGUGAGGUCGGCGAGGUCCUGGCAGACAUGGGGCAGCGCUUGUACCAGUGGGUGUACGCAGCCAGCAUGGGGUCUGUGCUGUUCUUCGGCAUCGCCAAAGGCUUCACCUUCACCAAGACCACGCUGAUGGCGUCCUCCUCACUGCACGACAGAGUGUUCGACAAGAUCUUAAAGAGCCCAAUGAGCUUCUUCGACACAACUCCCACUGGCAGGCUGAUGAACCGCUUUUCCAAAGACAUGGACGAGCUGGAUGUGAGGCUGCCAUUUCAUGCUGAGAACUUCCUACAGCAGUUUUUUAUGGUGGUGUUCAUUCUCGUGAUCUUGGCGGCUGUGUUCCCUGCUAUCCUGCUGGUGGUGGCUGGCCUGGCUGUAGGCUUCCUCAUGCUGUUACGUAUUUUCCACCGAGGAGUCCAGGAGCUCAAGAAGGUGGAGAACAUUAGUCGUUCACCCUGGUUCUCACACAUCACCUCCUCCAUGCAAGGCCUUGGUGUCAUUCACGCCUAUGGCAAAGAGGAGACCUGCAUCAACAAGUUUAAGAUGCUGAAUGAUGAGAACUCCAGCCACCUGCUGUACUUUAACUGCGCUCUCCGGUGGUUCGCUCUGAGAAUGGAUGUCCUCAUGAACAUUGUCACCUUCAUUGUGGCUUUGUUGGUGACACUGAGCUUCUCCUACAUCAGCGCUUCGUCCAAGGGCUUGUCAUUGUCAUACAUCAUCCAGCUCAGCGGGCUGCUCCAAGUGUGUGUGCGAACAGGAACUGAGACCCAAGCCAAAUUCACCUCAGUGGAGCUGCUAAGGGAAUACAUGUUGACCUGUGUUCCUGAGUGCACUCAUCCCCUUAAAGCAGGGCCCUGUCCCCAGGACUGGCCCAGCCGUGGGGAGAUAACCUUCAAAGACUAUCAGAUGCGGUACAGAGAGAACACCCCGCUGGUCCUCGACGGGCUGAACUUGCACAUUGAGAGUGGGCAGACCGUGGGCAUUGUGGGAAGAACAGGCUCCGGGAAGUCCUCGCUAGGUAUGGCGCUGUUCCGCCUAGUGGAGCCGGCAGGCGGCACCAUCCUCAUCGACGCCGUGGACAUCUGCUCCGUGGGUUUGGAAGACCUCAGAACGAAGCUGACUGUGAUCCCCCAGGACCCUGUCCUGUUUGUAGGUACAGUAAGGUACAACUUGGACCCAUUUGAGAGUCACACCGACGAGAUGCUCUGGCAGGUUCUGGAGAGAACGUUCAUGAAAGACACGAUAAUGAAACUCCCAGAAAAAUUACAGGCAGAAGUCACAGAAAAUGGGGAAAACUUCUCCGUAGGGGAACGCCAGCUGCUCUGUAUGGCCCGGGCGCUUCUCCGUAAUUCAAAGAUCAUUCUCCUAGAUGAAGCCACUGCGUCUAUGGACUCCAAGACGGACACACUCGUCCAGAGCACCAUCAAGGAUGCCUUCAAAGGCUGCACCGUGCUGACCAUUGCCCACCGCUUGAACACGGUUCUCAACUGUGACCGGGUCCUCGUCAUGGAAAACGGGAAGGUGCUGGAAGCUCGUGUGAUUGAGUUCGACAAACCUGAGGUCCUUGCUGAAAAGCCAGAUUCUGCAUUUGCGAUGUUGCUAGCAGCAGAAGUCCAAUUGUAAACUCCCUACAGCUGAGUUUACAGGAGAAGGAGGAUAUAUGGGAUGUUGGCUGAGUGUUGCAGCAGCAAGAGCUGUCACCUGGACAGGUUGCCACCUCCCAUUUGGGGGUACAGGCAGCCGAGGCCACAGUGCUAUCCCCUACCUUGCCCGUAGUUCUUGCCACCUCUCCUCAUUUGGUGAAUUUGGGCUGAUUCUGAACAGAAGAUGAAGUCAGUGGAUUUAAAAACUGGCCCUUACUUCCUAACUCCCACAAGGGUCCCUCAUGUGUCCCUGCUAAUACCAUUGUACCGCCUGAGAAUGGAAAUGCUGUAACUUUGCACUGAAAGCUGGUCAAAGCAAACAGAACAGGCAAAAUGCCCAAGGAUGGCAUUUGCAAGGGUUUCCUGGCCUUGCUUUUAACAGGAAGAAAAGCAGAAUUCUCUGCUUGCUUAACCGCUGUUCACGUCUGCCUCGACUGCAUGACAAGCAGUAACCACACGGAUCCGCAGCCUGAAAGAUGGAUUACAGUGUUGGCUGAAAAAAAAGUUGUUUUUUUUUUAAAUCAUCUUAUAUGUUCAAUUGAUGUGUUAGAAUAACCAGGAAAACAAAAUGCCAGAGUAGCUCUGUAAAUGACAUUUUUAUAUCUUCUUUAUUGGUCAUUAAAAUCUAAUAGGAAAUUAAACUA